AUGGCGUCCCAUGGCAAGGUUAUGGACCUCUUCGACGAGCGCUAUCUCGAGUUACAAGAUGUUGCUGGCAACGUCGAGCCGCAACCCACUCUAGUACCUUAUGAGCAGUACAAGGCUCACGCCAUCACCUACCGGAUGGACACGAACCAUGACGUUUUCUUCGCGCUUCUCCAGGACUUCACGGAGCGCAAGGCGUUGGAGACGGGCAAGGAGCUGUGGACGUGGUGUGUGCAGUGGGAAGUCAGUCAGACAGCGGCUCGCCAAUCCCUCGCGGCAUCACAAUCAGCAAAGAGGCCUCGCCUUGACUUGGACCCGCCGAACACCCCUACCGCGCCGAAACCGGCCAGCAAUGCGCCUCCGAUGAGUCUGCAUGCUCGCUGUAUAGAUCCCGAUCUCUUGCACGAGGAGGACAUGUUGCGCAUUCUGGUCGACAUCCUGCAGGUCGACAGCACAGUGGUACCCAACUUCAUCGAAUUCCUUUACAGGUGGAUCGACUUUUACGAAGGAGACGGAAAGGCUCUGAAGGCGGCUCUACAUGGCGAGAUUCCAAGCUUGUGGGACUUUGAAUAUCAUCCAUUUCUUGUCACUCAGGAAGCCAAAAAGGAAAUUAAUCAAGCAAAAGGUGUCGCCCAAGACAGCGGGAAGGACGGACAAGGCGGUGACACAACCACCCAGAUGCGACAAAAACCCGACCUAGCGGCACUCGAACGCAAGACAGAAGAAAGCGAACGUCUGAAGUACCGCGAAGUACACUUCGGCAUCCAGCCCCCAAAGCUAGACGAGCCUCUGCCACCUCUCAUCAACGUCCCCCGAGACCAGUACAAGCGAGCCAAGUAUUACGAAGCUUGUUUCAAAUCGCGACAACGCGCGUUCUUCUUACUCGUAGAAGCAGGAGUCACCGCACAGAAUAUGCGAGACUACCACAGAGAUCAGACAAUGAGCCUGCAGGAAACGCCACCGCUCGUAGACGGAGGCGGCCUCAAGAACUACGAGAAGGACGCAAAACUUGCGCAAGCUUUCAAGUCGCUCAAGGAGCGACAUAGGGCAAAGCAAUUGGAAAUCUCCAUCAGCAACAAAUUGGCGAACGAGGCUCAGUUUGCUGCGCGCAGUGCUGCUCCCCGAAGUCCAUCAGGUGUCCCUCUCAUCCCUACCACGACCAUUCACGCCCGUCGCCCGGAUGUGACCGAUGGUAUAUUGCGCAAGAUCCAGCAGACCAAAGAUGAGGAGCUCCAAAGGAUCAAUAUCGUUCCUACACCGCUUGUGGGUAAGAUGAAGAGCACGCUGUUCCGAGGUGCUAGAGACAAAGCGGGUUUGCAACAGAUGUUCGCGCGUAGUAGUUUCCCAUCGAUCCCACGUUCUUCAGGCAACUUUGAUGGCGGUAGAUUGAACAACAAGAAUGACGGCGAUGAGAGUACCGAUGAAGAUCCAGACGACGACAUGAGUGUCCCAAGGACCAGAAUGCGUCUGCUGCCUACACCCUUAUUGCCAACGCCUGCAUCGCUUCCUCGUCCGAACCUACCAUCGCUCAAGACGCUUCCCUGUCCAUCUCUACCACCGCCUGCAUCGCUUCCUCGUCCAAACCUACCACCGCUACCGCGCCCACCGCCUGCGAUGGCCUCCACUCAACCUCAAAAUACGUUCAUUCCUGACACUACAUUGUUCCCCCACUUGCGGAACCGAUCAAGCCAUGCCGCUAUACCCAUUACAGAAGUUGCAUCUGCUGCAGAACAGCCACUACCAAGUGUUGCGGCGCUCAUGCGAAAUAUCACUCCAAAUCCCGCAGACCAAAUGAUAGGGAUGCUCAAGCAGCAGUUACCUUCUCAACACCAACUGCCUAGGGGCUUCCAAGGCGGCUUCGGUCCUAAUGCUCGACCGCCGCUACCACCUGGAUUUGAACACCACCGUCAUUCUCCAUCUGGAUACGGGGCUCCUCCUUCGUUGCCUCCGCCGGCGGGUCUUCCCCCUGCCUGGUUCCAGUCUGCUAAUCACCAACCAAACCUGUCUCAGCAGGCUCACACAUCAUCUUGGCCAACACCACUAGGACGCUCUGAUCAUGCACCACCACCGGCUUUUGCACAGCGCCUCGCAGCUGCUCAAGAGACACAGGGUCAUGCCGCUAGCUAUGGUCAGCAACCUUCAGAUGCUGGACCACCCUUACCACGGGCACCAGACCUGCCAAGUCUUAGCAGACCAGUUGGUCAGGGUGGAUCUGUUCAGCAGCGCCAACUGCCCCCUCCAAAUUCUCUACUGGCUCCACCUCAGGCGACUAUGCAGCGCACUGCUCCAUCUCCACUUCAUCUUCGACCACCAUCCCCUCUCUCAUCAUUCGCACCAAGUCUGCUAGCCACCUCUCCCUUUACCACAUCCCACCGCGGUAUUCCCAUCCAAAUCUAUCUGCCUAAGAUCGUCGUACCCGCAAACACCAUCGGUCCCGGCGGACUGAAGCUAGGCGACAACGGAGUAGCCGAGACCGACGCCUUCCUCCUUGGGUACACACACCCUAAAAGCGGGAAGAUCACCCUCAAUCGCGCAGUGUUUCUACCCUUGGGCGUGUGGGCCAACGCGCAAGACAGAGUGCGAAAGGGUCACUAUCAGGUACUGGAGAGCUAUGCAGCACCGAAUGGAAGACCAUCAGUACCGCAUCGCGCUGCUUAUGAGAAGGUGAAGCAAGCUUACGAGAUGAUGGUCAUGGAAUCUCCAGUAGCGAGGGAGCGAGAAUUGACAAAGAGGUGGAGGGCCAGUAGGGGAAGGAUGACGGCGACUCAGAGGGGUGCCAUCUGGGAAGGUUGGGCUGUGGAGGUGGACAGAGAGAUCGCUCUGGAUAAAGAUGACAGAAAGAGUGCUUUUGUGCAGAAUGCACUGGUUGAUGGGGUAGAUGAGAAUAGUGAUGAGGCUAGGAGGAGGAGGGAGAUUGAGGAGUUGCUUGAGACGGAUGAGGCGUGGGACUAUGAGGAGGACGAGAACGACGAAGACGAAGACGGAGUUGAGCAGGAUUACGGAGAUGAAAUGGAGGAGGAGGACGAUGACGAUGAGGGGGAUAGCGAUGACGACGAUGACGAAGAUGAAGAUGAAGAAGAAAAUGAGGCGGAGGACGGUGAGGAUGAUGAUGUGUACAUGGACGGCUAG